UUCUUCAGUCUCGACCUGUUUUAGGUGAGGACGGACAAAAAGAAAAUUCAGUGAAUAGAAAGCUGUUGGCUGCUGUGCUCUUCUUCUGUUCGUUCGUUGCCUUCUCGACUAAUUAAGUUUUAAAUAAUAAUAAGUUUCUUAAAUUUUCUCUUCUUCUUCUUCCUUUCACUCAGCAACAGGAGUGGCCACGUCACCUUUAGAAAGCGUAGUGCAAAACACCCACACGGAAACGUUACUCGUCAUCACCCAAUAGUUUAGAGAUAUUGUAGAAAGUUACUAAUUAAUUGUGUGACAAAAGUUAAUAAUAGAAACUAGAGGACGUUAAUGUAAUCAGCAUCAUCAUUCAUCAUCACGACAAUCUACGAGAGUGAAGGUUAUCAUUUCUUAGUUGUUUCCGGAUUGUGUGUGGGGCCUCACCCCCCGCCCACCCCGGAGCAUAGGCCGCCGUGACGACGUCUUGUUUGCAAGCUAACGGCGAAAGCCGAUUUUUCGACGGGGUCAUGGCGCUAGAAAAGAAAAUGACCAAUUUAUCAGCCAUUGAGGAGGACGCUGUGACGCAGUUUGAAGGGCUGUUGAUCGAAUUGAAGAUUAAUUCAAAACCCAUGAUAAACGUGUUGACAAUGAUGGCGGAGGAUUUUCUGAGACAGGCCCCCAUCGUAGUGAGGACGAUUGAAGGACAUUUGAACUCGGUUCAACCCAGUUUGAAACUACCCGUGCUCUACUUGAUCGAUUCCAUUGUUAAAAAUGUUGGACAGGAAUAUCCAAGCUUGUUCACUCAGAAUAUUGUGUCAACCUUUUGUGGAGUGUUUGAAAAGGUAUACAAAGUUGAUGAUAAAGUGAAGCUACAAAUGUUCAAGUUACGUCAGACGUGGAACGACCAUUUCCCUCAAAGAAAAUUAUACGCGAUUGAUGUAAGGUGUCAUCAGUUCGAUAAGAACUGGCCCAUUUCAGCCCCACCCCCAAGCAACACGAGCAGUAUUCACGUUAAUCCUAAAUUUCUCAACACCACAACUCCGGCUAUUAAAACAUUACCACCAAAAGUGUCACCUGUCGUUGCUGGGGUCGUUGAAACCGCCAGUCUCCUCGACAUUGGUCCCGUUCCAGAAGAUGUGGAUGAAGUUCAUUUGCGCGAAACAUUGUUACAGAAACGAAAAGAGCUGUUGGAACUGCAACAAAAGAAAAUUGAGCUUGAAUUAAUGCAAACUAAGUCAGCCUUGGAGUCGAAAAGACUGGAGGAGAUCCAGUCUACAGUUAAACAGGAGAAAUUGUUACUGGGUCAAGCAGAAAAGGCGAAAAGUAAAACCUACAUUGCUCAUCAACUCCUCUCCAAUGCUGCUGCCAACAUUGUGAAGACAGGUGCUCAUCCUUCAACCCCACCACAGCCUGUUCAAGUACAAGUAGCUCUUCAAUCUCUAGUACCUGCUCCACCCGUCAAAAUGGAGAAAAAUAAAUGGGAAGCUGAUAAAGACUCGUCCAAAGAUAGAACAAAGGACAAGGAACGCGAAAAUCACAGAGGGGAACGAGAUAGAAGUGGAUCACGGGGGAAAAGAACGUCCUCCACUUCGUCCAGCAAAGACUCGAAAGACCAUAAAGUACGAAGAAACUACAACAAGGACGACCAUGAGAAUAAGCGAUCCAUGUCAAAGUCAACUAGUAAAAGUCCUACCCGUCCUAUCGCCAUCAUUAAAGAGGAAGUAAGCGAUCAUAACUCUAGCAGCAGCAGCCCUCGUCAUCACCGUUCCCCUAAAUCACAUCACAAAAAGUCCAACAGUGGUAGCAGUGGACUGGAGGAUCUUUUGCCAAUAUCGCGUAAAGGUGAAGAAAGUGAAGAAAAAUCUCCCCGAAGGAAGCACAAUAGAUCUUCAAGUAAAGAAUCAAAAGCUUCCAAAACUACCAGAGGAGGAAAUGAUCACAACAGAGACGGCGGGGAGGAUAAGCGAUCCUCCACGUCUAAACAGCAUGCCAAGAAAAGUGCUGUGAUAAAGGCGCAAGAACAUGAAAAUAAUUUUCGUGCUCGUCGUUCCGCCGUUCUAAAAAGGAACUAUAGAAAGACGCAAGGAAUUGAUAUGGACGACGAUGAGAAUAAAAUCCCCCCACAACAGCAACAACAAAUGCAAAUCUCAUCUGCUGAAGAUCCCUCCAGCAACAAUACUAAUACCAUCGAUGUGGAUUUGCGAUUCCACGGACGUCGUGGCGGUGACACGGACAUGCAGCAGCAGGAUGAUUCGCCCAAUAACUGUCAAAAUAAUGAAUCUCUUCCGAAGAAACCUCGCCUCGCAGGAAACGGAAACGUGAUAGUCGAAAGUUUAUUUGGUCGCGAGGACGUUGAUCUAAGGCAGACCCCUUGUGGAAACUGGAUGGGUCCUGCAGGUGGACCACACCCGACGCCGUGGGGACCCGAUCACCCAAGGAUGAUGAUGCGCGGAGGAGCAGAUCAACAACAAUGGGGCCCACCCCCACCCCUUCUUCGUCCCGGUCCACGAGGUCCAAAUCCAUUUGAAGAAGCCUUAGAUUUUCCCCGUCAACCACCAAUUGAAAGAGAAAUGCGUCCAGCGGAUCGAGACGGUCCUUGGCUACCCAAUCAUCCACGAAUGAACCAACAUAUUGGUGAUCAAUGGGGUCUAGCUCCUCCACCACGAGGUCCGAUUGGUCCAAAUCCAUUUGAAGCUGCUCUAGAUCAAGGGCACUUUAUUCCAAAUCCAACUGAGAUGGAAUUACGUAUUAUGAAUGAGAGAUCAGGACACUUUAAUAAAGCUCUACGGCGUGGUGGGCGUGGACAACGAGGCAGUCGAGGUCGAGGUGGAGGAGGGCGUGGUGGUUUUAUGGAGCAACAUAACAUGAUGGGUGAUCAGCAGCAGCAUCAACUAAUGGAGAUGCGAAAUUUCCCAUUCGCCAUCAACAACAAUCUUGGCAACAAUCCCACUCCCAUCUUCCCCCCUCAUGGUCACGACCAACAACAGAGAAUGGCCCGAGAUCCUUUUAAUCCAUUUAUCCACGAAUCACCCAAUAAUAAUGAUAAUGGUGAACAACAACGUGCUCCAUUAAAUGAAAAUGACCCUCCAGCCUUGGGUAUCUUAGAUGUGUCAUCUCUUCUUGAACAAGCCGUCAGUCUCGGCCUCUUGCCCGCAACAAGUAGUGAACCUGCUGCUAAAGAAGCCGGCGCAGAAAUAAAGGCGGAGGUAGUGGAAGAAGCGAAAGUGGUGCUGAACGAUCCUCCCAAAGAAAGUGCGAUUUCCAAGUAUCAGAAAUACCAAAAGUUUCAAAGGAAUAAUCACAAGAAGAUGAUGAUGGCACCGGUGCAGGCUACGCCCCCGCCCCCUCUCCCAACAGUUGAUGUGCUUCUAGUCUCGGAGGAGAAAAAUUAUUUUAAAGAAAGGCGACAAGGGUUGAUCAACCAACUCUGGGUGGGGAAACAGUGUGCGACGUGUGGACUAAGAUUUCCACCAGAUCAAAAUGCAAAAUAUGAGCAGCAUCUGGAUUGGCACUUUCGUCGCAAUGCUCGUAGUCGAAAAGAAAAGGAAGACACCGGAGCAAAGAAACCUCAACGACGUGCCUGGUACUACAAAUUGCCCGAAUGGAUACUUUUCGAAGAGAUUGAGGAUAUAGAAGAACGAGCUGCCAGCAUGUUCGAAACUCAAGGGGACGCUGACGCCACGACACAAAGUCCUGGUGGUAUAGUUUCUCCUGAGGAAUGCUCAGUGCCGGCGUCUAGUCAUACAGGGUCUGUUUGUCCUCAAUGUGGCGAGAACUUUGAAUCGUACUACGACCAGGAUAAAGAGGAAUGGAGACUGAGAAACGCCGUUGUAGAUUCAACGGAAGGAGAAGAUAAAGUUUAUCAUUAUAUUUGUCAUCAGGAUUAUAUUAAUUCCUCAAUGAUGACAGAGGAAGCAAUGCAAGUUGAUGAAAUAUCCAGCGUGACCGUGGAUGAUGUGCAGAACGGGACAGAGGAAGUCACGGAACAAGCAUCACAGCAAGACUCGUCACCUCCACCACAAGAAGCAUCACCUCUUCCUCCACAGCUUGAGGACGAUGACGACGAAGUGUUGAUUUUGAAAGAAGGAAAAAAGGAAGUAUUAGUAGAAGUAAUGGAUAUAGAUGAUGUAGAUGAUGAGGGUGAAGGAGAGAAAGAGGACGAAAAUAAUGACAAUGAAAAAAAUAAAGAAAUUGAAAUCGGUCCUGAAGAAAUUAACACUACUGCUACUGCUACCGAAUCUACUAGUGAUGAUGUAUUAUCUAACGCUGAUAGACUUCCUGUCCUUAAUUAUUCUAUUAUUAGUAGACCUAUUUCCUCCCCAAUUGUUGUAAAUGAUGAUUCAUCGUCUAAUUUGUUACCUGGUAUUUCUGAGGACUCGAGUGGUGGGGUUUUUGGGUUUGCUCUGAAUUUGGGAAAUAUAAGGGAACGGUCCGAGUCUCCAGAGCAGGUUGAUGAAAAACGAAUUGUUUAUAAGAGCAUGGAGUUUGAUUUUCCGAAAAUCAAAAUUGAGCCCCCCGAUGAUUAUGAUGACGUACCUGACGAUGUUGUUAGCACUCCCAACCUGAUGGCAAUGCCGACUCCUAUUGUGGAAUUAUCCUCUGACCAGGACCCAAUUGAUCUUACUGGGGAGGAUGAUUCUGUUGACGAGUGUGAUGGGCCUCCCCCUCGAUCCCUUCAUCAAAUGACCUCAAUUGAUGGAAAUCUUCAUCAGGAAGUAUAUGUCCCUAUUAUUGUCCCUCCCACCAAGAUGCGAAUCAAUAUAUCCGGAUUGGACAUUUCAGCCAAAUCCCCCUCCUCCAAAGAUCCCAAACCCGAAGACCCAGCUGCAGCAGGUGCAGCGUCCCCAACUCCCGAGAAAGGAUCCACCUCCCCCAAAUCCCCAACGACGACUGUUGUACCGCGUAGUCCCGAACCUAGUGAUAGUAAUAAUAAAUGUAGUAACGCAGAAGUUAUGUCCCCUGAGGAAAUGAAAUAUCUGAAACCGCGCCUUCAUGAAUUUUUCGAGUCUGGCCGUAAGUUUAAAAACUGUCCACCCAAGCAAGGAAAGAAGGAGGAGUCUGGCCUUUGUGUGAUAUCAUAGUUUUUACAACACAUCACAUUUUAUUUUAGCUUUUACAAGUUCGCAUUCUUAUUGUCGUCGUAUGCAAAAAAAAUCAUACAUAUGCUCCAUGCUACAUGUGCUCGAAAUUUGCUACGGAUUUUUAUUCAUUGAAAUAUUACUGAAAUGAAAUAAAGAAGUGAUAUAUUUUUCAUGA